AUGAGCGCAGAACUUGCAUCUUCCGGAAUGAAUCAAUCCUGCCCAUCGACUCCACUUCGUCGUAGCAAACGGUUGCAGCAAAAACUUGCAUUGGCAGACUGCACCGAUGAGCUUUGUAAUUUACCUCAGACAAACAUCUUUACAACGCCUAAGAGGAAGAGAAACGCGGAUAUAUACAAGUCACCAAGUCCCUGUGAAACGUUCUCGGAUCAAGCAAAAUUGGAAAGAGCCAUAUCCCGGCAUUCCCAGACUCCUAAGACACCUAGACGCGUUGUACAGCUGUUGACACCUCAGUCUCAUCACAUGCGGACUCCAACGUGUGCAUUCUUAGCUCGAGGAUUUACUCCUAAGAGACCCGACUUCACCGGUACUCCAGCAACCCCCGGUACGCCUUCGGUUUACACGAACGCUAGACAACAGCUUCGCCGGUCUGCUCGUGUUCAACAAGUCGUAGGUCGCAGUGAAGAGAAGUCUAAAGUUUUUGAAUUUGUGUCUACAUGUGUGGAAAGUCACACAGGUGCAGCCUUAUAUGUCAGUGGUGCUCCCGGUACUGGUAAAACAGCAGUGAUUACUGAAGUUGUGUCUCAAUUUUCUGCUGAAAACAAUGAUAUCCAGUUAUGUAGUUUAAACUGCAUGACUGUGAGUAAUCCUCGGACCAUCUUUGCAAAGAUCCUCGCAAAGUUGACAAACUCACUCGAGGCAGAGGCAUUGGAUCAGGAAAGUGCGAAGCAACAGCUCGCAGCGUACUUGAGCCGGAAUGAAAAGCAGGGUUCCCCUUGUGCUACUGUUAUCCUUGUGCUAGAUGAAAUGGACUAUCUCGUUGCUCGUGAACAGGAAGUUCUCUACACAUUGUUUGAGUGGCCCACACUUGAAAACUCUCGUCUUUGUUUGAUUGGUAUCGCAAACGCAUUGGAUCUUACAGAACGUAUUCUUCCUCGGUUACGGACAAAGAAUGCUGUGCCUAAACUUUUAUCUUUUCCUCCAUACUCGGCCAAGGACAUUGCCGACAUUAUUCAAACUCGACUUAACGCAGUCAGCGGCAGCCCUGGCGUUACCUUUAUUCAUCCGGCUGCAAUUGACUUGUGUUCUCGAAAGGUUGCCUCGUCGAGUGGUGAUCUGCGGAAAGCUUUAGACAUCUGUCGUCGAGCACUGGAGUUGGUUGAGUGUGAGAAUCGCGAACAGGUUGCUAAGGGUGAAGUUUCCGGUGUUCCUAAACCUGCUACCAUCUCCCAUGUCGUUCGGGCAACUUCUGUACUGAGUCAGUCUGCGAGUUCACGGAUAAAGUCGUUGAGCAUGCAGCAAAAGGCUAUCUUAUGUACGCUGGUCGUUCACGGAAAGUCUUCUUCUAACAUACUCGACGUGUUUGAACGUUAUUGCGCUUUGUGUCAACGUGAUAAUCUCAUUCACCCGCUCACUUCCUCUGAGUUUUGCGAUGUGAUCAAUUCGCUAGAGGUAUUAUCUAUUGUUCAACUUCGGUCCAAACAUCGCACAUCUCGGCUGGCCGAUCGUGCAGUUACGCUUUGUGUUCCGGAAAUGGAUGUUAUUACAGCUGUUGCAGACAUUGGUACUUUGAAGCGGUUUUUUGACAAAAGUUAA